AUGACGUUCACAAGUGAAAAGGCAGUUGAUGGCUGUAUUAAUCAGAACUUUGGAAAUAAAUGCUGUAUACAUACACAAGCAAACCCUUCACUGUUGGAAGCUUGGUGGCAGAUUAACCUUGGUGGUCCAGUCGUUAUUGAACUUGUGAAAAUAUACAACAGAAAUGAUGUAGCCAAAGAACGAUCAAGCCGAUUUGGUGGCUUUCAGAUAUACCUAUCAAAUACAACAGAUUGGAGAAACGGUGACAACUGUCAUACAGAUACAACAUCUACAUGGCAAUCGAUGGACCUUGCUCCAUCUAUUCAAUCGUGUACAGGCAACACAAUCUACCUGACUAUCUAUGUUGAUCGACGACCAAACAAACGUUUCGAUUGGUAUUCUGACAAAGCUAUCCUCGAACUCUGUGAAGUCGAAAUUUAUGCUUGUGUGAAGGGGAACUAUGGAAGCUUCUGUGACAACACAUGCCCUGUCAACUGUAAGGAUGGGGUAUGUGACCAACAUACAGGAGAAUGUGAAGAUUGUGUUGAUGGUUACCAUGGCAGGAAAUGUGACCAACGAUGUUCUGAUCACUGUAAGGGUAACGUAUGCAAUCAGGGAAAUGGAACAUGCAGAGGAUGUGCUUUGGGAUAUUUUGGCAGUACAUGUGAACAGACAUGUCCAUCUAACUGUAAUGUCAACUUAUGUGUCCAAGCAAACGGCGUUUGUAUAGGGUGUAAACAAGGGUUUUUUGGAAACAAAUGCAACUCCCGCUGCUCUCUACAAUGCAAAGAUAACACCUGCAUCCAGUCUAGCGGACAAUGUGAAGAAUGUGAACCUGGUUAUCACGGUGUUAAGUGUGAUCGGAUUUGUCCGUCAACUUGUGGGAAGAAAUCAUGUAUCCAGAUCAGUGGUUGGUGUACAGGAUGUGCUUCGGGGUAUUUUGGCAGUACAUGUGACCAGACAUGUCCAUCUAACUGUAAUGACAACCUAUGUGUCCAAGCAAAUGGCGUUUGUAUAGGGUGUAAACAAGGGUUUUUUGGAAAUACAUGCAACUCCCGCUGCCCUCAACAAUGUAAAGAUAACAUCUGCAUCCAGUCUUACGGACAAUGUGAAGAAUGCAAUUCCGGCUUCUAUGGCCACGCAUGUUUAGACAUGUGUGGCUACUGUCAGGAUGAAAAUUGCGACAAGGACACCGGGACUUGUUUGUCUCCGUGUGAAAAUGGACUUACUGGUGAUAAAUGUGACAUCAAAGUUGUUUAUAUACCGGGUGUGGAGGAUGACUUCAAUGUCGCGGCAGUCGGAAUAGGAGUCGGAUUGGGAGUGGUCGUUAUUGUGCUGGUCAUUGUGAUCAUCGUAUUGGCAAGGCGACUUCAUUCAAGGACCAAUACGGACACCACCAGAUCUGCCACUACGGCUAACAUAUCCAUGUCGAGUAUCGGACAGGAGCUGCCAGGAGAUUCAGACGGACAGUACGAAGUAAUAGGUGCAAUGGCGAGCAAACAAAUCACCACGAAAAUAUCGCCUGAUGAAGGCAGUUAUGAAAAACUUGGACCUGGAGAUAAAGACGUUCCACAUCUAUACGAAACUACAUAA